AUGGAAGGAGUUCCUGCAUACGUUCUGACAAAAAACAAAUAUGUACAAACAGACACAUUCAACAUGGAAAAGAAUCUAAAGAAACCAGGUUUUCUUCUUAAUAUUGAAGGGGAUGCUCUUGUUGUUUUAAUGGCUUCCAUUUUAAAUUUAUUACACAAAUAUAUAAGCAAUACAAAUGUGUUUGAGCACUCGAAGAAGUUCUAUUUAAUUGCUGAAAAUCAUAUGCCUCAAGAGAUAAACAUACAAACACUAGAAACUUUGGGUAAUUGGACUGUUAAUGGAGCUUGGAGUCAAUCAUUCACAGCCCAUCUAAAGAGAAUAUCAGAUACGGGUGAACUUGUUAUAAUAGGAAUUAAUCCAUUAAAGCCUUAUCUUGAGCUAGGAAUCAUUUCAGCUGAUGGAAAACAAAUGCUUCAAAAGGUGGAUGUCAAAUUUAAUAGGUGUAUUAUUUGCCAUGAAAUUGGAGUUACAAAGAGGUACAAUGUGAUUUUGGAUUUUCCGCUAACUAUUGACCUAAGUAGACUUAUUAUUGGAGAGCAAUUAAUAAAAUAUGAUAAAGAUGGAUAUGCAAGAAUUGGAAUAAUGCCUCAUUUUGGUGAUGCUAAUUCCAUUAAAUGGUUUGAAAUUGAACCAUGCUGUGUAUUUCACAUUAUAAAUUGUUUUGAAGAUAAUGAUGAGGUGGUGGUGAGGGCAUGUAGAGCUCGUAGAUCGAUUAUAUCAAGACCGGAUCUCAUAGUAGUUGAAUUUGGGUGA